AUGACGGCAUCUCACCUACCUUACACCCGGAAUGGGCUCAAGUUUUUUACGGGGAGAGGGGGGCUGACUUCGCCGGAAGUGGAGGAAAUAUGCGACAGAGCAGCUCGGAAGCUGGCCAAAGUCUCAACAUGCUUCCAGCUCCCAAAAAAGUCGACUUCAUGAGCACUUAUGCCAGGCACCUUCGAGAUAUAAUCAAGGAGCGAAUUAACCAUCCACUCCACUACGAUACUCCUU